GAAAAAUCCUUCGAUAAUCUCGAUAAUAUAUAAUCAAGCCAACCAGCAAAAAAUAUCAAAAUUGAGACACUAAUUAUUAAUUCGAAAAGAGAUGGUAACUAUGGAACGCAUAUACGAUUCAGAAAUAGUUAACGAUUUUUUAUGCGAUCAAAAGGGAAAACUUUACGAGAAGCCUCCUAAACAUCUCGACAACCAAAUUUUUCCUCCCAUCCAAGACAAAAGUGACGAUAAAAUUAAAAAAGGCCAAAAAAAGUACCUCAAAAAUUCUUCGACUAAUUUUGAUAAUGUUACUGAUAGUAGCAAUGACCAUAAGCCAGGCCAUGUUUCGUUAGAUCUAGAAAGUUUUACACCCUUUCAAACAAAUUGCUCAUUAUACAUAAACCAAAAAGAUGAAUCGAUGGUCGAAAAGUCCAAAAUUGACCAUGUUUACGAAAAUUCCGAUUUCAAAUCACAACAGCAUGGUCUUAUAAGCAUCAAUGACGAUGUGGAUAAAUAUCCUUUCAUCUUGGCAGAAUAUGAUAAAUAUCGGGAUAACUCUAUUCAAGAUAAAUUAGAUAUACGUAAAAAAUAUUGCGCUACCUCAAAUCUGUACCACGAUUCAAUUCAAAUGAGCAGCUCGACGAAAGAUAGUAUAUUUAUGCAGUGUUUUGAGUGCCAUUUCAAAACUAUUGAUGCACGUGAACUCAAAUUUCAUUACCUUACUUCCCAUAAAACAGGUUAUCAAACUAAAGUUCCAAAACAUUUAUUAAAUAAUAAUAAUGAGAUUCGGAAUAAAUCUAAGACAAAUAUUUAUGAUAGAAAAGGUUCUGCUCCAGCUCGGUUAUUUAAUAUCGUUUCGGAGACAUUUAAAUCUUCUCACUCCCUUUCACCUUCUAUGCAACCCAAGCAGUCUCUUUAUACGACUGCUUCAUUUUUAUCGAACGAAAAAACUGAUAGUCUUCUUAGGACUAAUAAUAAAUGCUUUUAUAAUAAUAUAGAAAACACAAAAAGAAUGCUUUCUUUAUCUAAGCAGGAGAGCUUAAUUGCAAAUUUACCUCAAAUCAACUCCUUAUCAUCUUUUACCAACGACGACAAACUGAAAUGUUUUGAAUGUUCCUUUACUACCCCUGCCAAACACGUCAUGAUCAAACAUUACAACGCAGUACAUUCAUCCUUAUGGAACACUUUCAAUUGCUUUCUAUGCGAAAAAUCUUCAAAAACUAGACCCGGUAUUACGCGGCAUAUAUACGAGGCACAUUUAUCUAUUCUUCCACACAUCUUUGAUCACGAUAAAAACCGAUUAUUGAAACCUAGUCUAGUCAAUACCAAAAAGAUUUCUAGAGAUAUUAUGGGGAAUCCUCCUAAAAAAGAUGAAUAUAACGAAAAUGUCCACAGUACCAUGAAUUGCCAAACUACGGAUAUAGAUCAGAAUAGUUUCGGAAAAUAUAGCCAAUCAUAUAUCGAGUUAGUGGUGGAUGUUUUACGUUCCAUAGCCCAAAACUUGGGAAACCUAAUGAAUCAAAAAAAUAGAGAUAAUAGCUAUAACCAGAAAUUAGCCAUUUUAGUUGAAAAAUUAAAUUUUAAUCAACGUUUAAUACUUCAUACCUUAGUCGAAAGAGUAUUAGAAUAUUUUAGUCAACCUGAAAAUAUAUCAACUGCUAUAUCAAUGCAUACUUAUGUCACUAAAUAUAUUAAAAAUAACAGGGACGAAGAUGCAAUUACUAAUGCAAAAAACAUUGAAUCAUUUAACGACAUCUCUAAAGAUAAUUUGAUGGACCAGCAAUAUGCACAAAUGAUUUCUAACAUUAAGUCAAUGGAGAAUUCUGACUUAGGAAAUUUGAUUAAUUCAUUUUUAUCACAAGAUUUCAGACAAUUCUCAGCUAUUAAAGUACUUAAAUGCAAAUAUUUAAUACGGCGGAUAAAUGAUUUUAAAUCAGAUAACUAUUUUAAUUACAGGACUUAUUUAAUUAAUGAAAUCAGACAUUCUUCCCUUACUCACAAAACUUUGAAUCAAAAGAAAAACAUUUACCGUCUUCGGAUCUACCAUAGGAAAAAGUCAGUUUUAUGUGUAUCUGCAUCAAAACUCUCAAUACCUGACAAUGAAGAAUCUUCCACUAUUGACCAAGAUGUUUCCUCAAUUCAUUUUUAUGUCAAAUCUUUUUCUAAGUACAACUUCUUAAACAAACAAAAAUUUGUAACUCCUUUUAGAAGAAGUGAUCGAAUCAAGGCUAGGAUGUACAGUCAAUCUAUAAAAACCGAAAACUUAAAUAUAAACCGCUCAAUAAUUGAUCCACUUACUUCUAAGGUAAAAUUCAACUAUGAUAAUAAAAAUAAUAUGUUCCGCGAUAAUGUGAUGGAUGCUAUUUACGCUCAUUAUUUAAAAUAUAAAUAUAAAUUUUUCCAAAAUGAGAUAUUUGAUAGUGAUUUAAACAAUUUCACCCAAAACAGUGUAGAUCAGGAACCCAAACAUUUUUUAAUUGAAAACGAAACCAGUGACAAUCUUUUACUUAUAAACGAGGACAAGCUCAGUGACAUAGGCGAUACCACUAAAAUAUCAGAGGAUAAAAUCCCACAGAUUCAUAAAUUCAAUAAUCAUAAAAGUGUACCAACCACUGACCCUAAUCAUAUCUCUAAUUUCAAAGCGCACUAUCCCAAACUUUAUGUCUGCCCAUUCAGGUUUGAAAUGUCUUGCUCAUUCCAGACCCGCAAUAAAAAACGAUGGGCUGAUCAUUUGGAUCACCACAAAGGUCUGAAAAGUCAUAAAUGUUCUAUAUGUCACUAUAAGACCACAUGGUACGAAAAUUUAAACCAGCAUAUCAAACGAAUGCAUGCUGGUCAAGUUGUUGAUAAGUUAAUAGUCAUUGAAAAAUUACAAACGAGCCAGACAUCUCAAAUCCUUCCUAAAAUUCCUCAAAUCGUUAGGGCUCGUAUCAUGGACAAGUAUGGUUUGGCAACUAAAAAAGACACCUUUAAUUUUCAACAAAACCUUGAUAGUAUUCAAAACUCAAAGAAUGUCAAAGAAAUAAAAUUAAACAAACGCAAAUCUUUCCCCGCCAAAUUCAUAGGAAAAUCUGGGAAGGCUUUUAAAUACUUAAAAAAUUCAUUCCAAGAUAAUGACAAUGAAUAUGAUAAAUUUUACAAUAAUGAUCGCAUCGACAAAAUACCGCCGUAUAGCAUGAUAGAUCAUACAGUAGAGGAGUUCGAGGAUAGAAAAGAUACUUCAUCCUCUACAUCUAAAUUGGGUUACAUGUCAUAUCUCAAUUAUUCUAACAAAUUGAAAAAACGGCAUUUCACUUACCCACUUUCCAAGGAACACAAGUUUAAACAAACAGUCGUAAAUUCAAAUGCUAGUCUAGAUACGAUCAAAACUUUGACACAAUCUUUAAAUGAAUCAUCAAAUGUUCUCAAUAUGAACAAAAAUCCAAAAAAUGUUAAACCAAACUUCAAAGAUAAGAACGAAAUUAAUAGAAAAGGAAUAAUUAGGAACUUUCAACCUCCACAAAUUUCUGUUUCUUCAUCUCUAUCUCAAGUACCCCCUCAUCCGUAUGACUUGGUUGAAAAUUUUGUUAAAACAGGGUUUUAUCCUAGGCUACCUUUUUUAAAUUUAUCUACGAUUAAUGAAAAUUUGGAAGUGAUUAAUGGCAAGGAGGGAGAGGAAUGCAAAAAUUAUGAAGAUAGAUAUAAGGUUUACCUGGAAUAUUAUAAACAGUGUUUUGGUCCAGGAAUUAUAAAUUCGAUUCCUUAUGAUAUUAACAGUAAUGAUACCUCCUCGGGCAAACAUUUGAUUAAUAAAGAAGAUAAUCUAAUUAAAAAUUCAAUCUACAAAUCAUUUGCUGAAAAUCCAUCACCAACUAUAUCUAGACUUGAUACUAACCUUAACUUCCGUGAGAGAAAAAAUUCUUCAAGCAAUUUGAGCAUUAAAGGAAAUAUUUAUUCCAGUCCUGCUACUCUAAAGGAUUCUAUGCUUGAUAAUGGUAUUCUAAAUUCCAUAGCACCAAAUGCGAACCAAGAUAUUUUGAGUUUUAUGAACACUUUACAAUCCAUGUAUCAGCAACAACAAUCGCAGCAGCAAAAUUCUUCCAUAUUCAAUCCUUCGAACUUCCCUUUCUCUUGGCCAAAUUAUAAUUAUUUUUUAAACCCACAGCUCAUACAACUGUAUAACAACUACGAACUUAGUCAGGAAUGGUAUCAAAAACAGCAAAGAAAUGUUGGUAAUUUUGCGUCACCUUUCAGCAAUAUUAUGUGUUUCAUAUGCAGUACACCGUUAGCCUCCUAUUUCGAAAUGGUUAAACAUUUGGAAGCGUAUCAUCCGGAUUUUAACUUUCAAAACAUGGAAUAUGCCAACCGAUCGAACGAAUGUAAUUUCGAAAAAGAGAGAUUUUCAGAAGGGGGGCUUUAUCCGAAUUCUCUGUUCCCAACUAAUGAUAUGCAAUUCCCCAAUUUUGCUACCGAACUGCUUAAACAAGUCACUAAAUCUCACAAUAACGAUUUAGUCCAUAAUUUUUAUGAUGCUUUCCCAACGGUUCGCCUAGAAUCGAAUGUGAAAAAAACUCAUAAGCAACAAACUCACAAAAACAAAAACGCGCCAAAAGCUAAGAAAGUUAAUUAUAUCAAGAAUCAUUCUAAAACAUUGCAAGAUCGCAAAACCUCGCUAACCUCUGAAUUCUCAUCAGAAUCUUCCGCAGUCAAUCACCCUGGCAUAAAAGGUGAAUGCGCUUACAACGACGAAACAUUUGAGUUUAGCGGGGAUUAUAGUAAUUCCGACAGCUUCUUUAUGUAUAAAAAUAAAAUAGAAAAUAACAUUGUGAUAGACUCAUCUAAUGAGCACAAUAAUUCUUUUCAUGUAAAUAUUACUAGGAUUGAAGAUGGUGAUCUCAUUAAUUUAUCAAUAAGUCCUGACAAAAGAAAAAUAACUGAAGAAAGUUUGAGAGAUAGAUUUUUUUCAUCUGUUAAUAGCAAUUCUCAUUUGCCUUGGAAUAUCGGCCCAGAAGUGAGUCUAUACCAAUCAUCAGGACCUAAGAGUUUUACAAAUAAUUACACUCCCGAUUCAUCUACCACCCUCUACGAAAAUACCGCUGAGAUCAAUAUCGAUAGUAAAGAUAUUCAUGCGGAUGUUAUAGAACCCAAGUUUACUCCCAAUAAAGAUGAUUCAAAUCCGAGUCUAACCAAUUUCAUUGAUCAUGAUACAUCGAUAGAAACGUCAAACAUUCCUCUAAAUCUUCUUAACAACACUCACGCGGUUAGCGGAGGAACUAAACGACAAAGGACACAUAGAUGUACUCUCCCAGGUUGCAAUUUUGAGGCCUAUGAUAAAAAUCGUAUGUUAGAUCAUUUGGCAGCCCAUCGAGGCGAAAAGCCUCAUGGUUGCCCUUAUUGCGAAUUUCGAACCUCAUGGCGUUUUAACAUAAAAAAUCACAUAAGGAGCAAGCAUCCUACCAUGUUAUAAUAUUUUUUUUUCUUUUGAUCUGAAUGAAUCAUAAAAAAAUUAACCCCUUGUUAACCCUAGUAGUAUAUCUUUUUUCAAAAGGAUUGCAAAAAAUCGUGAAAUUAUUUUAGCGCCCAAUGCAAAGUAAUUUUGUUAGAAUUUUUUAUUAUAAUAUAUAUUUUUCUAAACUCCUUUUGAAACAUUCCACUUAUUAACUUUCUCAUGAUUAACAAAUUUCAAAGGCAAUUUCUAGUCGAAAUCAAAUAUCAAUAAAAAAAAGUGAUUUAAAUUGGACACAAUAAUUAAAAAUUAAAUGUUAGAAGCUUUAUAUAAUUUAAUUAUCAUUAAUGAGUGGUAGAUUUUACUAAUUUUAUUAUAGUGAUUAAAUUAAUAUAAUAAUUUUAUUGCCAUCUUAAAUAACUAAACCAAAAUUUUAAUCUAUUAUUAUAUUAUGAUAUGAUUGCAUAUAAAAUUUAUGAUUCCAAAUUCUAGUCAUAAAAUUGAAUUAAUUUAUCAUAUACUAAUCUUUAUAAGUAUUUAUCAUAAUAUCUAGUCAAAUAUUCCCAUAUUAUUUCCAACGAAUUUAUAGAUAGUUUUUUUUCUUAUUUUAUUGCGAAAUUGCCUUUUUUAACAAAUUUUUUAUUAGGUUUUAAAUUUGUUGAAAUUGAUUAGAAUUUCACUUUGCUCUCAUUUGAAAAUCUUCAUUUUUAUAAAUUUCAAAAAAGCCAAAAAUUAUUAAAUGAUAUCAAAAUCUUAACAGAUAAUAUUACAUAUAUUUACACUUUUAAUUUUAGAUGCUAAUCAACAAUUAAAAUUUUAUUUUACUUACCAUUUGCUGCCAAAUUAUGUCAAACUUAGAAAGAGAUUUACUGUUAAAUUUCUGUAAUUUUCUGUCGAUUUAUAUAUUUUUAAUUCUAUUUCAUUCUACACAUUAUUUUUCUUUGUGAAUUACUAAUUAUAUGAAAUGAUACCUCUAAACCGAUCAAUAUUCAAUUAGCGCCCUCUAACUACCCCGAAUUUUAUAGUUUAUUGCCAAAUUUAUAAAUAAAACUUAAUCUUAUA